AUGGCGACCGUUAGCGAGCUUAAAGCCGUCCUGAAAGAGACCUUAGAAAAAAAGGGAGUAAUGGGCCAACUAAAAGCCCGAAUUCGAGCUGAGGUUUUUAGUGCGCUGGAUGAUCAAAGCGAACCAAGGCCACCACUGUCACAUGAAAAUCUUCUUAUUAAUGAACUCAUCCGUGAAUACCUUGAGUUUAAUAAAUACAAGUAUACAGCAUCAGUGCUGACUGCAGAGGCUGGCCAACCUGAGAUAACCUAUAGAGAGACAAUUUCUAGUGAAUGGAAGGCUUGAAAGUUGUUGAAGAUUCAAGCAUAAAAACUGUCCCUCUACUAUAUGGGAUUCUAGCUCAUUUUAUAAAUGAGAACAAGGAGGAUGGAGUAAAAUCUCUUGCUAAAACUGCAUCUGUGCCAAAUAUAAAGAAAGUGACUUUAAGGGAGCCAAAUGAGAAAUGUAUUUCAGGUGACUUGCCUGAAUCUAGUAGAUUAGCAGGAAGAAGCUUUGAAGACCCAUUUGUUCUCAAAGGUGGACGUUGAUUACUGUUGACGAUCCCUUACCUGUUUAUUAUCCAACACUUUUGUUAACAAUAAAAAUAGAGUCCUACAAAAUAGGUAUGCAAUUUAGUGCUCUGGUGUCCUUUUAAUUUUUGUUUCUCCUUGAGAAUGUCAUAUGAUAGCAAUUUAAGAAGUCCUAAACUUCUUAAUGGGACCAGCCUUCAAUUGUUCUGGAGUAACACGAGCAUUUGUACCAUGCAACAUGUUCUGAUACUUCUAGUACAUGCAUAAUCAUUUGACUGAAUGUUUUGGUGUUGUGACAUGACUAUUAUUCUUUUUCACACUGCUUUCUUUCUAGUUCAGUCCUGUUUGUUUUCCUGUAAUAAAAGCUAUACAAAUAAUUUGACUGGCUGUAACAGCUGACACUAACCAAGUUAUGUCAUAAAUUAAAAUAUUAAACAACUUUGGAUUCAAAGUCCAACACUUGCGACUCACAAUGUACUUUGAUUCCCCAUUAACCUGUUUAUUUUAAGUUAUUGCUGUAGACAAGCCUUUUUCAAGUUGUUAAAACUUUGUUUUGAGAAUAGAAGCCAUAAACACAAUUGAAUUGUUCAACAUGACAGUCUUGAAUGUGCAUGGGUACUAUCAACACCACAACUAUACAUUGAGGCCAUUAUGUGGAAGCAUUUGUACCUUCUGCUAUUUUUAAUAAGCAUAUUUAUUGUAAAAUGUUUUUUUACUUAAUAAAUUUUACUUUGUCACUGC